UUUCUUUUGAUUAGGAAGAAGUCUCUGCAGCGAUGUCGGAGACCGCUCCCGCCGCCGCUCCCGCUGUCGCGGCCCCCGCCGCCAAGGCUGCCGCCAAGAAGCCGAAGAAAGCGGCGGGCGGCUCCAAAGCCCGCAAGCCCGCGGGCCCCAGCGUCACCGAGCUGAUCACCAAGGCCGUGUCCGCCUCCAAGGAGCGCAAGGGGCUCUCCCUCGCCGCGCUCAAGAAGGCGCUGGCUGCCGGCGGCUACGAUGUGGAGAAGAACAACAGCCGCAUCAAGCUGGGGCUCAAGAGCCUCGUCAGCAAGGGCACCCUGGUGCAGACCAAGGGCACCGGCGCCUCCGGCUCUUUCCGCCUCAACAAGAAGCCCGGGGAAGUGAAGGAAAAAGCCCCCAAGAAGCGGGCGGCCGCAGCCAAGCCCAAGAAGCCGGCAGCUAAGAAGCCCGCCAGCGCCGCCAAGAAGCCUAAGAAGGCUGUGACAGCGAAGAAGAGCCCCAAGAAAGCGAAGAAGCCGGCGGCCGCGGCGGCCAAGAAAGCGGCCAAGAGCCCCAAGAAGGCGACUAAGGCUGCCAAGCCCAAGAAAGCGGCGGCGGCAGCGAAGAGCCCGGCCAAGGCAAAGGCGGUGAAGCCGAAAGCAGCCAAGCCCAAGGCGGCCAAGCCGAAAGCAGCGAAGGCGAAGAAGGCGGCGCCCAAGAAGUGAAGUGUUGAAGUGGAAAUGCUUAAACCCAACGGCUCUUUUAAGAGCCACCCACUAUUGUCCCCGAAAGGGCUGAUACACUCUGUCACCGAGCUCCGUGCCUGCAGCAGAGCUAACCACACGUCACUGUCCGUGUGGGACGUUCGUCUGUGGAGUGGAUGGGACGCUAAACUUCCGGCCGUGGUUACGCUAAGACCUGGAAAAAUAAAGUUUACAUUCCCUGCGAAAACUCUUUCUAAAGGCUGACUUUUUUUGAGCACCGCAAGAGGGUGUAUAUGUUAAAGGGACUGCUUAGGGCGGGUAUCGCUCUGGGGCUCGGAGGUUUCUUUCGGUGCUUUAACCAGCGCGGUUCCUAACGACAUGGGUGCGACUGCCACACCUCUUAGUGACCGUAGCCGGGAACUGUCAGCACGGCUCCUGCCGCUUCCUUGGCAAUGACCUUCCCGCUUGGCAGCGCUGUCACGGGGCAGGUCUUAAUUUCUGCGUGACUUCACCGACCUGCUUUUUGAGGAGGAGUUCGCCGUGGACGGGAGCCGGGUAAGAGCUACCGGAGGUUCUCCUCCGCACCUUGCCGGCGGUGCAGCCGGAGCGGCAGGAGGUCUUACCGGGCAGCUGUCCUGAGCCACUGCGGGCAGGACGCUUUGCGCUUGGGGCUUCUGCGCCCGGUAGGAGCGCAGCGGCAGAGCGGCGGGGAGCUCAUCCUGCAGCACCGGUGGCUCCGGGAGCUCAGCCUGCGGCCGGUUGUGAUUGGCUGAUGGGGGAAGCCGCAGCCGCUUAUUGGGCCUUUAGCAGAUUUCGAAAAGCCCGCGCUGCGGACGGGACAGGAACGCUGCUGGAGUUGGCUCCGCGCUUGCCCGUGAUGCCGGGUCCACGCAUCCCCGGACAGCUCGUCCUCCCAAAGCGUCUACCCUGCCUUAGAGGUGUCCUCGCUUCUCCUAGUCUUCUUGUCUUCACAGCUGCAAGGCUGCUUCCCGUCUUCUCAUACAGAAGGGAAAAUUUUUAAGCUUAGAAUAUCCCCGGACAGCUAUAAAAACCCAAAACGAUCAGGGUCUUUUAUUUUUUCCUCACCCUCAUUUUUUGGGGUGUCUGUGUUAACGUAGCUAUUGGAAGCUAUGUGAAUUUCUUAUUUAUGAUGGAACGCGUGGUAUAAUGUACCAUGUCUCACAUCUCUGCUGAAAAAAAGCUUAACAAUACUGCUUACAUUUAUUGUAAAAGCAUUUGAACGGUAACAUUUAUGAAGUAAUACUUUACACAUUUAAAUUUCCUUGAAGUUGUCAAAUACUUAUCAAGGAUUUCAGAAACAGAUCUUUAAUCUUUGCAAGUUCUGAUAACUGUCAUUUAACAGAACUUUUUCAAAUCCUAUUUAGCGUAUCUCAAGUAAACUUUCACACCUAAUAAGACCGAGACGUUACUAUCUUACAGCUCUUUUACUGAAAACGUGGGUGGCUCUUAAAAGAGCCUUUGGGUUAAAACUGACGGUCCGAGGCGCUCUACUUGGAGCUGGUGUACUUGGUGACAGCCUUGGUGCCCUCGGAGACGGCGUGCUUGGCCAGCUCGCCGGGCAGCAGGAGCCGCACGGCCGUCUGGAUCUCCCGCGAGGUGAUGGUGGAGCGCUUGUUGUAGUGCGCCAGGCGCGAGGCCUCGCCGGCGAUGCGCUCGAAGAUGUCGUUGACGAAGGAGUUCAUGAUGCCCAUGGCCUUGGACGAGAUGCCCGUGUCGGGGUGCACCUGCUUCAGCACCUUGUACACGUAGAUCGAGUAGCUCUCCUUGCGGCUCUUCUUGCGCUUCUUGUCGCCCUUCUUCUGCGUCUUGGUCACCGCCUUCUUAGAGCCCUUCUUGGGCGCAGGGGCGGACUUGGCCGGCUCGGGCAUUUUGAAAACACUUUUUCUCUAUUUCAAAACACGAUCAGCAGCUAAAAUGGCUGCAGAGCCCCGUAUUUAUAGGGCGUUAUGCAAAUACAGACCUCCAACUCGUACAAUUCCAUUGGAUCUUCCCGCACGGGGGUGUAUCUUUGUUGCUGAUUGGUCACAAUACGAUCCGUCUUCUCAUUGGUUGUAUAAGCAAUGACCGCUUCCAGCCAAUCACCAAGCCCUAAUCCCGCCCAGGGAAGGCAUAAAACGGGAAGAGCCGUUGCGUCACUAUGAUUUUCUCGGUCUUGUUUUGGGUGGGGAGGCUGUAGGUUUUUAAACGCCUAAAGUAUGUCUGGCCGCGGGAAGCAAGGAGGCAAAGUUCGCGCCAAGGCCAAGUCGCGCUCGUCGCGGGCCGGGCUGCAGUUCCCCGUGGGCCGUGUCCACCGGCUCCUCCGGAAAGGUAACUACGCGGAGCGGGUGGGGGCUGGAGCGCCCGUCUACAUGGCGGCCGUGCUGGAGUACCUGACGGCCGAGAUCCUGGAGCUGGCGGGCAACGCGGCCCGCGACAACAAGAAGACGCGCAUCAUCCCCCGGCACCUGCAGCUGGCCAUCCGCAACGACGAGGAGCUCAACAAGCUGCUGGGCAAGGUGACCAUCGCGCAGGGCGGGGUGCUGCCCAACAUCCAGGCCGUGCUGCUGCCCAAGAAGACUGAGAGCCACAAAGCUAAAAGCAAAUAAGCUUGCAGAGCAAAGCUGCUUCUGUUUUUCGCAACAUAACUUUAUAACCCAAAGGCUCUUUUCAGAGCCACCCACACAGUCAGAAAAGAGUUGUGUUGCUGUCUUCACAAAAGUACUUUGGUGCUAAGUCGUUUUUGUGUGCUGCUUUUGAUAGGGAGCUAAAAACAUGUUCCGUAAUAAUGUGUUAAAACUUUUGGCUUUCAUCUGAAGAGGAGUAAUGUAUUUGCUUUCUAACUCUUCAUCAUUUUUAAUAGAAGGAUGCUAAUCAUUGUGAUUUACUUAUUCUUUUGGGUCUUGUAAUGUGAUUGGUGCAACACUUAAUGUUGAAUCUGCUCAACUUUCAUGACUUUGCAGGCUACCUAUAGUGUGAAGUGUGUGUGUGGGGGGGUGUGCACCUAAAAGUCUGAAGGUGGAGUGGAAAAGAUGUGCAGCAUGAAAAUAAAUAGGGGACCAUCCCAAACCCAUAUAUCUAAAAAUGGUUUCCUUUGUAGGCAUUUGUUAUGUAAAAGAUGUAAAACUUCCCUGUGAUUUCACUUUAUUUAGAAAUUAAGUGAGAAACGCUUUAGGAGAAAUAGCUUAUUUUGAUCUAGAUCCUUAACUUGUCAGACCUGCCCUGUAAAGUGACAGUAUAGCAUCUUUCCAUUCAGAAGAUUUUAAUUCCCUGCAGCACUCAUAUAUUGCUGUUUUAAGUGGGAUUUUCAAACUUGCCACGCUUCGCUCCCUGUGCAUAGCUAUUUCUCAUGUUGUGUCAGUUAAUGGUGGGCGAUGUUAUUUGAACUAAUUUUCUGCAUUGUUGGCACAAGUAUCACCCAAGAGCACAAUGUUAAAGCUCUUUAGAUUCACUGUUAUAAAUUAUGAAAAGGACUGUCUAGUUGAUUCUUCUUGCUAGGGUGUUCCCAGAAGCUGCAGCUGAUGGUCUGCAGCACACUGCAUUGAGGCUGUAGCUCCCACCUGUGCAGCACCUCUGCCCUCCCCAUCCCCAGAAAAGGAGGAAUGCUCUGGGCUUGGAGGAAGGAAAAUACUACCUAUAGCAAGAUAGUAGCCCCUGCACCUCUUCUCCCAACCUGCGCAGCAGAGAGGCUUUAUAUGUAGGACUGUAUCAUGGCCAAAGUGGGACAUCAGGGGUCAUUUGUGGAGAGAAACAUAAAGGAAGAGAGGUGCCUGGAGGACCAGACUAGUCUGAUAUGGCAACAGCAUCUGUGCCUAAGGGUUCUGUUAGCAAGUGGAUGCAUUUAGUGCUGUAAUGCUUUCAUUAUGCUGUUCUAUCGAUCAUUACCUGCAGCUACAUAUCUCUUGGUACUGAUGCUUUUCUUCUUGAAAAACUGCAGUGAUGUAAAACACAUGAUUAAAAAGUCUUCUAUAUUUCCA